AUGAGGAGGUUACUAUCCUGCCCAUCUCUAGAGGAAUUGAUAAUCAAACACUCUGUGGAUUGUAUCUUCUUGUUUGAGGAUGAUGAUGAUGAUGUAUUUGGAGGAGGAGAAUUGGUGCCAUCUUCUCGUCUUCAAUCAUUGCAAAUUCAAGGGUGUGAUAUGCUCACGUAUGUUCCUGAUGGUUUAUACAGAAGAAGAUUGCAUUCUCUUGUUCGAUUAAAAAUCUAUGAGUGUCGGAGUCUGAGAAAAUCAAGCUCUCUGCCAUCAGAGCGUAUCAGGCCAAACCACAUAGCUUUAAAGCUCCCAGAGUCGAAGAAAAUUGCUUCAUGUGCUUUGAGAAGAGAGAGGCAGUUUUAUUGUUGUAAUGAUGGUGAUGGAAAGAAGUGUGGGCAGGAACUGUGUUCUUGUGUCUAUCAUGGUCCGACAAAUUCUAAAGCCAUGAGACUCGGACUGGAUAGAGAUAGAGAAGCUGUUGGCCAUGGAUUAGUUGAAAGAAGCAGGCGAGGCCUAGAUGCAAAAGAGGCCCAAAAAUCAGGGUGCCAUUUUCGGAAAAUUGUUGCUUCUGACGUGAGUCUUAGAGGAGGCGAUCUGCUGGUGGGUUCUUUAUUUAAGAAGUUACCUAAUGAAUGCAAUAAUGUUAUGUGCUUUCUAAUUGCGUUUUUGGUGGCAUAUAUCAUUGUGUUCCAAAGGUUUGGAAGGGGUCUUUCAGAACUGAAGGACCCUACAGAUAAAGUUGCAUUGGUAGACUUAGUUUCGGCAACGCUGGUCAUCGUUGGGAAGGAUGUUGUUGAAGACUGCACUAAAUGCUUGAAGUUGGUGGCCUUGACACUUCGCUUGCUUCCACAUGAAAUAGCAUUUCGCGUGUAUAAUGAUGAUGAUGAUGAUGUAUUUGGAGGAGGAGAAUUGGUGCCAUCUUCUCGUCUUCAAUCAUUACAAAUUAGUCGUUGUGAUAAGCUCACGUCUCUUCCUUCUGUUGGAAGGAGAAGAUUGCAUUCUCUUGUCUUUGCAGAACUGAAGGAUCAUGCAGAUAAAGUUGCAUUAGCAGAUUUAGUUUCGCCAACACUGGUCAUCAUCAGGGAAGGUUGUUGCCCUAUCAGUGUUGAAAAGAAUCGGCAGUCUGGCAUGAUCUUGAAUAGAGAUGAAGAAACAGUGCAGUCUCCAUGUCGGUGUCCUGCACUUGAUUUCAAUAGCAAACUGAAUUUCCUGCUCGCUCAAGAUUCUGCCAGCAUAUAUAUCACACCAGAUGCUGCAUUUGAGCUAAGGACCACUCUCCAGCAAUGCAAGGUAAGCAAGGCUCUGUUAAUGUCUGUCACUGUAAACUAUACAAUUGAUUUGGUGACUGUGGAAAGGUGGAAUUCACAUUUCUGGCAAGGAACUAACUGCAGUGUGAGGCAGUAUGUUUUCAGAAUGCUAGCUGAGGAGAUAGAUGAAAUGCUUUUGAGUUUUGCUGAAGCAGGAGUUAGUGUUGUGAGACUGAAAGGAGGUGAUCCACUUGAUUCUGUUGGUUUUUUAGCUGCAUUGAGAAGGAACAAAAGGGUGGAGAUACCUGAAAUGCCUUCAAGUUUUGCUGAAGCAGGAGUUCCUGUUGUGGGACUUAACGGAAGUCAUCCAUUGCUUAGAAUUUGUCCACGGAUGCUUUCAAGAAGAGUCAUUACUGGGAUUUGGGGAGCUUGGAAUCUUGAAAUGGGAGAGCUGAGAUGGAGUAAGGGUAUUUCUGUAUUUGAGGAUGAUUAUGAAGAUGAUGAUGUAUUUGGAGGAGGAGGAGAAUUGCUGCCAUCUUCUCGUCUUCAAUCGUUACAAUUUAGUUACUGUGAUAAGCUCCCGUCUCUUCCUUCUCUUGGAAGGAGAAGAUUGCAUUCUCUUGUUCGAUUACAAAACAUCAUGUGCCCGAGUUUGAGGAAUGCAGUGAAUGGAGGUGGCAACCUUGCUGUUGAACUUGUACUAGAUGAGAAGCAUUGCGAUGAUGAACUGCUAUAA